CCUGCCUCGGAAGGGCAGCCUUGCGAAGCCUGGGUGGUGCUUGCUGGAGCCACUUGACCAGAUCACUGCCACCUGGUACAAACCUUCAAGAAAGAAGACAGCAUGAGUCGGCAAAUGAAGAGAAAGGCCAAGAAAGGCAGCCAGAAAGGCCGAGGAGGAGGAGCUCUCAAGAUUGCUACAAAGCCAGAGCAGGCAAGGAAGGUCUGGCCUGCUAAAGUGGAACCUCUCAACCUCACCUUCACUGUGUAUGAUGAAGAUAAGAGCCUAGAGAUCAGGCCUGAGGCUGGUGGGGCACAUGAUGACUUCUCUGACUGCUACAUAGAAUUCACCGUAAGAGGUGAGUUUUCUGAACCCGUUUUAGGAGAGGAUUUGCUUUUGCAGUCCUUUGAGAACUUGCAGGAAGGAGCAGCGCGAGACCUUUCUGCACACGUUCUUAAAGCAAGUGCCCUCAUUGAACAUUCUUUGGAAUACAUGAAAAGGGGGGCCUCACAAAAGCUCUCUCCUCCCCAGGCUGUGGGAGAGAAUGAUGCCCUUGAAUAUUCCCAGGGCUUGACAGAUAAGAGGCUUCCCCUUGGAGGAGUACCUGCCCUUGCGUCAUCAGAGCCCAAGCAGCUCCCAGAAAUCACUGCAAAGAAACCAAAAGGGGCUGAAGAGUCUGACAGGCCUCUGGAGACACUGCAGUGCCCUGAGAGUGGAUGUUCAAAAAGGUUGAGGAAUAAAGCCGCCCUGAGGAAGCAUCUGCUAGUUCAUGGUCCGCGGCGGCACGUGUGCGCAGAGUGCGGGCGGGCCUUCCUGGAGGGUGCCAAACUGAAGCGGCACUUCCGUGUGCACACCGGGGAGAAGCCCUUCCAGUGCACCUUCCAGGGCUGCGGCAAGCGCUUCUCCCUGGACUUCAACCUGCGCACACACAUCCGUAUCCACACCGGAGAGAGGCCCUUCGUGUGUCCGUUCGAUGGCUGCAAGAAGGGUUUCCAUCAAUCAAACAACCUAAAGUCUCACAUCUUAACUCAUGCAAAGGCAAGAAAGAAUUGCUGAAGAGCAGGACAGAAAAAGUGUCCUGGCAGGAUAACAUUAAGGAAGGAGUUAUUGGAGGUACUUGCAUCCUGCGUUGAAGGAAGGGAUUUGAUGUUCAGUGUUCCAACUCUA